AUGGAGACACACGCUUUUGUCAAAAUCGCAAAUCUGCCAGCGUAUGAAAAGGUGCUUCUCAAAAGCUCCACCAUCAAUGAAGCAAGCACAAAAUUAGGCAUCGCAAUAGGCACCACCAUCAAAAUGGAGGCUGUUACAAUCAAUACAAUCAGUAUGAGCAGAGAAUGGUGUAAAAGGAAAAGCAAUUCAAUGGAAACAUUGUACAAGAUUGGCCCUGAUCAUGAGCCCAGAUCUGUCUAUGCGGUCUAUCAACUAAGCUAUCCAUUGCUCUCGAGCAAUUCCACAUAUUCUACCCGCACACAAUGUAAAGAAAUCAUCAGAUAUGUAGCUUAUAGAAAGCCCUUUGGCAAGCACACCGCCUUCGCCGCAACUGCAUUUGUGUUCUACGCCUGUGCUUCGAAAGAGGAGGACGGCAUGCAACGCCCAAAACAGUUUUUGGUCACAGAACCACGUGUGGAACUCGAUCAUUUGCAAUGUGAUCUGAACUCAUGGCAAUGCUUACACGCUGAAAGCACACGCACUAGCAACAAGACAGCUUACGUUCAAUUCGAUACGACACAGCAGCAACUGCAUCCCUACAAUCAUGGCACCAUCUACAGUUGCGCUUACUUGAACGCCCCCAAACGAAGAUUAUGCAAUCAAUGCCGGCAUGAAUGA